CGACAUACAACAGCACUGCCCGUUCCAUAACGAAAGCCCAUUAUCCGAUUGAGCAAUUGGACGAGCAACAUCCACAAGAACAACCACCAACCACCAGUUGAGACGCACAGUGCCAAUACUACAACCCACGGAUUGGUUGAAAAAGCAAUCUCAAUCUCAACAAUACUCUGAAGAUCAUAAAUACGACUGCAAAAGUCGAGAAAGAAUUCAACAAGUCAACGAGCUUAUCGAAUUAAUUUGGGAAGAAGAGAGGGAACUGACAAAAGAAUGGCAACCUCAAACUACUAUGCCAUGCACUUCAAUGCAUGCCACAUGCAAAAGUGCGGCAACACGCACGCACUACAAUCAGAAGAACCACACAUCACACAGCAUCACCUCACACCCUCAAGGCCUCAGCCGAUGGCCUCUCAAAAUCAAUCCAUCCUGUUCCUUCUUCCUGCCGAACUCCGCAACCAAAUCUACUACGAGCUCCUCUGCUCCAAUACGCCCAGCCGCAAAGGACUGCACGAAUACUCGCAGCAAAGGACACACGCCGCACAGCCCGUGUACCCGGCCAUUCUCUCCACCUGCCAACGCAUCCACCAAGAAGCCCAGGGCCUCCUCUACUCGACACACACAUUCCACGCACAUACGUCCCUCCUCACCAGCCUCCCACACCUCGUGUCUCCUCUAAAACCCAUUGUCAAUGCCUCAACCAUUGCCAAAAUCAGCCGCUGGCACCUGGACAUCCGCCUCGACACCGAUCCCCAAUUUACAGAGGCCCAGGCCACGCGUGCCUUUAGCGGCGCAGAGUACCUGGAGAUUCACGCCUGGCAGAGCCAGUUUGGCGGCUGUGACGAUAGCGUCUUGAGCCUUUUCAAGGGCAUCAGGGGUGUAAAGGUUGCGAGAGUGACGGGGUGUGCGGAGGCGGAAUUGGCGAGGUGGCUGGAGGAGAGCAUGAUGAUGCCGUUGGAAAAGGAGGAGGAAGAACAAGCACGGGACGUGGAAAUGGGUGGUUGUGCCACGAGCGUUGGUGGCGGGUGUGAGGAGAAGAUGGGAGGUGCCGAGGUGCCAUGGCUUCAGCAGAGUGGAAGCGGCGCUUGGAAUUUUGGGAAUAUAGAAUAGAGUUUCUUUGUUCAUGCAUGUGGGGGUACCAUGGGUAUUGGUAUACAUGGAUUUCGUCUACUAGAGGCGGGCUUUAGAAUUUUAGAUGGCUAGAGCUCUGGAAGAGCAUCUAGAACAGUACAGAAUUACUACCAUUGUUUCUUUGUUCAAAUUGUAUGAUUUGUCGCAUGUUUGGUCGCAAUACAGUCACUCUGUUAGUUAUCGGCCUCAGCGAUCGCUCACGGUUCUAAGCACCGUGUAGAUGUAUACCAAUGGUUGUGAAUGAAACCAGAUGAGGAUUAUGGCCUGUGGAUAUAGCUCCUGAC